GUCUCGUUACGAGUCUUGUAAUCAUCCUUGCUGAUUAGGUGCCAUUUUAUUGAAAUGAAAAUGAAUCCACCGGUCUCGCGAUCAUUGUCAGGAAUGCUUUCCCAGCCUGACCCAGAAGCGCCGGGUGUUCAAUCCAAUUAUCCACAGUCUUCGUCGCUUUCGAUUGAAUCAGAGUUCGUUACAACGUGGGGCAAACGCUUUACUACUGACUCUGAGAAGUGGCACAAGGCUGCAGAUCAAGACAUACCUGGGUAGCGUCCUGUAGGCACGCGGCGCAGUCGUCACGCCUACAGCUUUGCGGGCUUCCGUACGCAGUUUCAAACCCUUCGCUUGCGGGCAGCGUUCCAUCAUCUUUUGUGCUUGUCAAAACUCAUCCCGUUAGAUGAUGGCAUCGCCGACUUCACUUUCACUCCCUGAACCAGCUGCGGCGCCUGAGGGCCUUUGCUCACAGUGCGCGGCAUUCGACUUGGACGAUGCACUAUGCUUCAAACCUGCGAUAGCAGUCCGAAUCGUGCUGAAAGUAUAUCAGCUAAAGCCGAAGACUUGCGCAUUCUGCAGAUUUCUGAGUGGCAGUAUGGGCCAUCUGCCGAAAGGUGGGAUGUACAACCUGACUGCUGUACAAGCUCAUUUCGCAGUAACUCCUCUUCUCGAAAAGAUCGAAGCGCCCAUACUGUGUAUCGAAGCGUGGCGGGAUUGGCGGAUUUUCAACCUCUUCAAUAUCCGCAGCUCCAUCAUCUUUGAUUGCACUGGACCUAUCGCUCGAAACUUGCAACCAAUAGCACGUCUGAUCGACUACAGGGUCGUUCGUGAGUGGAUAGAUUCGUGUGUACACACCCAUCAAUGUCACACAGUCAAUAGAGGGAAGAAUUCACGAUGUUCAAACUACGUACCCGGCCUGAAGGUUAUCGACUGCGAGCAUCGCUUGAUCAGAGAUUUGCCAAAUACCGCGUCAUACGUGACAUUGAGCUACGUCUGGGGUAAGCCAAAAGAUCAAUCUGUUGGUCAAGCUCGCCUAGAGUCACCAGCGCCUGAGCUUCUACCACAAGACCUCCCAGCGACUAUUGAAGACGCCAUCAAAGUCACGCUCGCACUUGGGUACGAUUACCUGUGGGUUGACAGGUACUGCUUGAAUAAAUCUUCAGAGGACUUCCAUGCGCAGCUCAGACAGAUGGGUAAGAUCUACGCUGGGUCGGCCUUGACGAUUAUCGCAGCUGCCGGUUCUGAUGGUUCUUAUGGACUACCGGGCGUCAGUCGGCAACGCGUGGUGAACCGACCCUUUCACUUUGGCCGACGGAUCUUGUGUUCUACUCCCUUGUUUAGUAGAGAAACCCUGGAGAGUACAACAUGGAGCUCAAGAGGCUGGACGUAUCAGGAAGGCCUACUUUCAACCAGGCGUCUUGUUUUCACUGAUACCCAACUCUAUUACGAAUGCCAGGAGAGGUCUCGAAUGGAAGGCUGGUUAGCUCCUGAACACAUGUUCUGGCGACGUGAUGAAGAGAGCGCUGGUUCUUGGUGUGACUAUUUCAACAAAACUUCGGACCCAGGCCUUUUUCCUACUAUCAACGGGCACGUUAAGAGUGUCCUUCACCGGAUCGAGGCAUUCACAAAGCGAUCGCUUACGUAUGAAGACGACGUACUCAAUGCAUUGCUAGGUAUUUUUGCAAUACUACGGCAAGACAAGGAUAUUCCAGACAGUAGCAUACAACAUCUUUGGGGAAUGCCGUACUUUGGGUACGAUGUAAACUUUCGGCACGAUAGAACACCACUUACUGUGUCGCUCUCAAGGUUUGUGAACAACUUAAGCUGGGAUGUAGAUAACCCAGUCAGAAGGCGAGUUGGAUUCCCUAGUUGGUCAUGGACUGGAUGGAUUGGUCCAGUAAGAUGGGCAAAGGGACUGAUGUUGGUGGACAACGGCCGAUAUCACAGAAAUCGAUCUACACCUGAUGUCCCAUGCACUGUCAGUUUGGAACACCGGAAUGGAAAUACCAUUGACUGGCGAAUCUACCACGCGAUGUCCUACUUCCACGACACUUGCGAGGACGCACGAAACGCGCAACAACUCACUCGCUUUAUACACAUCAGCGCUUACAUCACUCAGAUCAUGCAAUCGGACGUACCGCAUUGCUACCAGCUUGAGCUUGAUCGCAAGAAACCAAACAACGAUUCUCGACCAGUAUAUGUGUCUAUCAAUCCUACAAGGGGAGAUCAUGUCAACGUCGAUCGAGGAUUGUUCGUGAUGCACUUACCGUGGUAUCUCGAAUAUGGCCACGAUAGCGAGUGCAAUGUCUUAGUGGUUCAGCGUGAAGGUUCACAUUGGGAAAGAGUUGGCAUUGGUAGUACGUCGACAUUGUUGGAAGUGGCACCCGUUGAAAAGACAUGGACGACAGUUCGCCUCGGCUGAUGAAAACCACAUCCUCGGUGUUUUUUGUUUCACGCGCUCAAGGUCCGACAAUCCGGUAUCAUUUGGACGGAUGCAUGUUUGCCACUGCCGCAUUGCGAAACAUGCUAUGCCAAGGCUUGCAGCACAGUAUGCUUACCUCAACAGCAAU